AUGUCAUCAGUACGACAAGAGGAUAUUAAAACUGCACAAACAUCAGAACAGCCCGAUGAGGAUAUAAAAGCUAGUAGUGCACAAAAGAACAAGCAGGAAUAUUUAGAACGAAAUGGAAAACUUGAAGUGCCAGUUCAGGAAAACGAGAUGAAAGCAAAAGAAAUGACGACUGAGGAAUUGGAAACGUAUUUGUAUGAGCACAUUAAUCACAUUGCUGGAAACAAAGAAACUGAACCUCACGAAGAGAAUAAAAAUGAAGUCGAGCCACAGUCUAAUAUACUUUAUGAUUCAUUAACAAGACAAGAAAAGUCUACGUUGAGAUAUAUUGAAAGAAGUGACGUUCCAAAUUAUAAUCAGCAUGUCGUCAAAUUAAGUAAGGAGGCGGGAGAUCCAAUAGAUAAGAUCCUUGAAAUCACCGUUCUCAUUUUGCUGAGAAACCUGGGCAUUGAUAGCACAACACACAGUGCUCUUCAUGACAUGACUGAGCUUUCAAUUUUAUAUAUGGGCGUGCUAUUUAAGGAUCUUCACAAGUAUACAGAGAUUCAACGUCGUAGAAAAGCAUCGAAAGCCGAUUUGCUUUUGCUUUUGAAAGAGGGUUAUUUUGGACUAAGAGGUAUUGUUUCUGAAUUCAAUAGGUCGAAAAAGGUUGAUCCUAAAUACAAGAAGUACAUUCACAGGCUUAAUCAUCAAGCGAAAGCUUGCUUUGAGUCAGCUACCAAGUCAGGGAAUGAUGAGCCGUCAAAAAGCAGUCCUGACUUUGUUUUCUUUCAUAAGCAGCCUCGAAUAGUACCGUCGGAAAGUAGGAAAAGUUAUAUUCCUAAAUGGAUGCCAGAACUUCCUCCAGGAUAUACAUAUAAAUCUACACCUACGUAUUCAGAGUACAUGACGGAUCCUAAGGAGUUGAGGAGCAAAUUGAUUGCAGAAGGACGAUUAGGUGAGAAAGCUCUCCACAAUAUAAAAAUUGCUGUUGAUGGCUCAGAAUCGGAUAAAUCUGUUCAUUCAUUAACAUCUGAGGAUGAUUCUGGCAAUGAGUCUGCAGAAAGUGAGAAGGAAGAAAGUUUCCAGCAGACGAGUGAAAAGUCAAAUUUGAGCGCAGAACCUUCAAGUGCGUUGAAGAAUGAUCAGAGUACUUCAGAUGCCUUUGAACAUCAUCUGUUUGAUACAAAAUUUCAGAGAUCGGAUGAGAAAUCGUCUAAGUUAUCUGGUCAAAUGUCCGGUGAAGAAACCAAUCAAACCGGUAAUAUGAUUCCAGAGGAAAAAAAUUAUACUGGUCUUAUUUCUGAGUUGAAGAAUCCGGAAAAAGAAAAUCAGGAAGGUUCUGAUAUUCUGAAAAAGCAGGAGCCAAGUCCGGCCAGUCCUAUUAUUGCGGAUGGAGUUGUUGAAAAAACGGGUGAGCAGAAUGUGACCGCUAAUAAAUCAAAAUUGACAAAUAACGGUAUUUCGAAAGAUGGGGACAAAGACAAGAAUUUCGAUAUAAUGAAAUACGCAGAGAAAAGACUAGGAAUUCUUUCAAAGAGAAAAAAGGCUGCAAAGAAGAAAUUGGAUGAAAGACAAACUUCAGAGGAAGCUGUUUUAGGAAAGUAUCUUGGAUCGUAUACACAAUACGAACGGUUUCCUGAUAAUUACAGUGAUGUUUUAUCCAAGUAUUAUGAAGAUACCUUCAAUGACGUUGGUAGAAAUCUCAGGCAUCAAAGAAAAAGGCGGUUAAGGAGAAUUGCGAUGGAAAAAGAAAAGAAAAGAAAAAUGGAUAUCGAGAGCCAAAUCAAAGAAAAAUCUAAUAGCAUUGAGGUCGGUGGCUUCAGUGAAAAUAUGGAUACAAAUAUUGAUGAAGAUGUCGAUUUUGAAAUGGAGUUUUCUGAUGCUGAAGCUAUUGAUAAUGAUAUGCAAGAGCUAGAAAAUAAACUGGAAGGGGCAAGUAACGAGGUUAAUAAAUAUUCUGUUGACGAUGGUUCAGAAAGGCAAAAAGAAGUAACCAAAAGCACUCAUGAUGUCGAAAAUUACCUUGAAAGACAAACGACACAUCAAACAGAUAAGAAGCAGAUUAAUCCGAAUGAUGAAAUAGACGCUCAACAUGAAGUUUUGGCCAAAAGUGUAUCAGAGCAAGGUACAACCGAUCAAGAUGAGCAGCCAUCAGCACCCGAAGGGCACUCGUUUAAAAAGAUUAAACUUUCUUUAAAGUUGAAGUCACCGAGUGAGAAAUAA